AUGCUUAACUCGAUCUAUAUUGGCUAUCUAAAACUUUGGCAAGUGGUCUGUUUAGUCGGGUUUAAUGGCUUAUGUUUCUUGCAAAAGAGCUUAUCUUUGGAACAUGCUCGGAUAUUGUUUUCAUUUAAGACUGGACUGGCCGUUCGUUUAAUGGGUUUACAAGUCUGUUUAGCGAUACUGCCAUGGAAGGAAACACUGUUUAUAGUGGCUGAACGAGCGCAUGUGAAGGAAUCGGCUUGGAAACGGCAUUUAUUGGUGGAAAGUGCAGUUCGGACUGGGGAGAGUUCAGAAGUUGUACUGGAUAGAGUUAAUAGAGUGAUUUAUGAGGUGGAGAUAGCUGGAGAAAGAAUGAAGUACUUGAGAAGUUAUUUAAAUUAUCUAUCAAAAUUAUUAGUGCUAUCUUUGGCGGUUGUUUUGAAUUUUAGGCGGCGGUUACUUCUUUAUACUACUGGGUACUUAGUAGGGGAUUUCUUGCUUAAGUGUUGGGAGAGACGAGAGUUUAUUAGGCGGCAACAGACUGAUUUAGAAGUAAGGACUAAUCGGGCCUUAAUAUUGCAGCGAGGUUGGGUUGUAGGAGAAGAAGAGGAAGUGUAUAGGAAGUGGGAGCAACAGGAAAGUGUUAAUUUUAGGAUAGAGGUCCAUCGAGAUAUAAGACGAGCUUUGAUUAGACUUUCAUCAGAGAUAUUAUGUAUUGUGUUUAUUUUUGGGUCUUUUCAGUAUAUCUGUGACGAAGGCCCAAAUGAAGAUAUCAAAUACUUCUUAUCUGUGCACAAAAAACUAGAGAAGAUUUCCAAAUGCAUUCUCAAAUUGGUUUAG